AUGCUUAAUGGUACCUCUACCGUAAAAAAUGACACCGCAUCAUUCUGCAAUGCGCAGAAAAUUUCCUGGUCACUUGUGUCCGUGGACUACUCAUCAAGUCAUCCUUUCAUCAGCACGUAUACGGAGACGUCCAACUACACGAAGACGCUCUGGGCUUCGACAAACUACAACUGCACACGAAUGUGCGGGACGAUCUGCUAUGCUGGUCCGACCACGGUUACAAGCUCUACGACGUCCAUUUACUCCUUGUAUACGGGAACGUACACAGCAGGGCUCAAGUAUCCUACUCCUUCGCCGAAUUGCAGCAUCGGCUUCAGCGACUGUUUGAGUCUGAGGACUAGCUAUACGUCCGCAUUUAGUUCGUACUGGUAUUCUAUACCCGCCUCGCUGCGAGAACUUACUACUAUGCCCGUUAACCCGUCGUGCUCGGCAUGUGUAUCUACUGGAUGCACGUUUGCGCAUGCGGGGAUGAGCUUGUACUAUUGGCCCUCCACGGCAAAUGUUAGUCGCGAUUACUGCGCGUGGGAUCCAAUCGGCGGUCCAGUGACGACGGAUCUUUUUAACUUAAAUACGACAUAUACGCCGGUCACGACAGGGCCAUAUGCAGUCGUAGAUGGCAUCACCCUGUUCUCGGGGAAUGUCUAUCUAUCUCUAAUGGAACCCUUCGUGACAGACAACUGCGGACACCAGAUCACGAGACGAAACCCCGGCCCCAACAUUCUGACGAUCGCUUCCUCGGAUCUAUAUAGUAUCCGGAAAUACCCGCACAAUGUCAUUCCAUGGUCCGUCAACUACGAUGACUUCAACGAUCCUGUGCCUUGGAGUGCGUACGUUGGCGACCGGUAUUGCGCGAAUAAUCGACCACUGUGCUCCGUCGUCUUCCCCCAUGAUUACCAUCCUGUCAUGCGCAUGCCACCUCAGAUUACCGAUCUUGAUCCCAACUGGAAAACGUGCGUUUGGACUAGCUAUGGCAUCUUUGACCCGCCGAUCGCGCUGCAUAGCGUUGGGAAUAUAUUCCAAAGCUCGAGUGCUGCGCCUCCUAAGCCUACGCCGACAGACCCAGAGCCGGUUGUUUCGCCUACACCUGCGAAGCCGGGGCAAUCGGGAGGCGAUGGAAUCCCAGUAGUCACGCCGCCGCCAACUUCGCCUACGGACCCAAAUGGCCCUCAAGAUCCGCAAGACCCUCCUAAUAACAACAACCCUCAGGAUCCUCCUGUGAACAACAACCCCAAUCCUACUCCUGGACAGAAUCCUACACCAAACAAUCCUGGCCCUACUAAUCCAGCGAACAAUCCAGGAAACCCAUCGCCACCCGUCAUCACAGUCGGACCUACCGUUAUUCCCGUAGACCCAACAGGCGGAGUUAUCAUCAACCCAGGAACCACACUGACCCGCGGUGGCGCUCCUAUAGUUAUUUCUUCUACCACGUUCAGCAUCGGCGAUGCGGGCCUUACUAUCAUAUCGCCCAGCACAAGCACCAAGAUCCCCUUCGGCAAUGGCCCCGUCACCGUACCCCUCGGACCCGGCAAUGCCCCCGUAACACUGGAUCCUGCUGGCAGUCUGGUACUUGGAGGAACAACGCUUCGCCCUGGUGCGCCAGCAGUCACCGUGGACGGGACGAGAAUGAGUGUUGGCAGCUCAGGCGUCGUCCUCGUCGGUCCGUCUGGAGCUACAUCAACUAUCCCCAUCCCAGCGGGUGACCCUUCUGCGCCACAGAUCAUCACCAUCGGCUCGUCGACCUUCACUCUCGCUAACGGUAAUGUGAUGCUAGCCCCUGGAAUAACGAUUGGCUUUGGCGAUCCCGCUGUUACCAUGUCGGGCACGACGUUUAGUAUUGGACCAUCCGGUCUCGUCGUGGGCUUUCUCGGGAGCAGCUCGACGGUGCCGAUUCCAAUGGCGACGCAGGUUGUUACUGUUGGAUCGCAGACCUACACCAUGUACAACGGUGAACUAGUCCUCGCGCCUGGGACUACAAUCGGUUUUGGAGAUCCUCCGGUCACCGUAUCCGGAACUACUUAUUCAAUUGGUCCGUCGGGCCUUGUCGUCAUCGGCCCAUCUGGUACUUCCACCAUACCAGUCCUGCUGUCGAUGCAAGUCAUCACUGUUGGGGGUCACACGUAUACAAUGUAUGAUGGCGAAUUAGUGCUUGGACCGGGAACGACGCUCGGGCCGGGCGAUCCAGCUGUUACUGUCGAUGGGACUACGUUCAGUGUAGGACCUACGGGAGUUGUAGUGUUGAGUAGUGGUGGUGGCACGACAAUGCCUGUUACAGCCACCGGCACGGGCGAUGGGAGCUUGAAUGUGAGCCCAACGAGCCCGUAUGGGGCCGCAGUCACCGGUACAGGUGCCAAGUCGAAGUGGGAGUGGUGGUGGGGUGGGAUGGGUUUUGUGGUUGGGGUGCUGGAAGUAGUGUUGUGA